UUGUCCAUGAUAAAGGGUCUAAUAUGAUUAGAGCAAUGAAUCUUACUAACUUUUUGCACAUAAACUGUUCCGUACAUCAGCUUCAACUUUGUAUUAAAAAUGCUUUAAACUUAAAAGAAAUUCAAGGGCUUAUUGCGACUAACAGGAAACUAGUCUCACAUUUCAAUCACUCACUUUUGGCAAAGGAAAAGCUGAGUAAUAUACAAAAAAACAAGCUGAACCAAAAACCUCUUGGUGUAAUACAGGAUUGUCCAACCAGAUGGAAUAGUACAUAUUAUAUGAUGGAAAGAUUAUUGAAAAUUAAAGACUCAAUAAUAUUGUAUCUUAACAACUACGAGCAACUUUCCAUAACUCUCGAUGAUUGGAAAAUAAUGGAAAAAUGUGUAAACAUCUUAAAACCUUUUGAGGAGGUUACUCGAGAACUUAGCAGUUCAACUAUUUCGAUUUCGUCGGUUAUACCAUUAAUACACAUUCUCACAUCUAAAUUAAAUAAAGAAAAAUCAUUGGAAAGCGGUCCACCUUAUGUAGCCAAAAUAAUUGAAACGCUUAUGUAUGAGCUGAAUUUCAGAUUUUCUGAUUUAAGACAAACACCAAUAUUUUCAAUAUCAACAUAUUUGGAUCCAAGAUACAAACUAAAGUUUUUUGGCGAGGAUGAUAAAAAUAAGAUUCGCUCUGAACUUGUAAAAUUAAUACAUCAAAAUUAUUCCGAUGUUGAAGUGUGCAAUUCUUCAACAAAAAUAACAGAGAAAACUACUUUAAUAGCUAAUGACAACGACGCAGGUCCCCAUAACGCUUCAUCACAAAUACAAGCUGAUAUAGAAAUGUUUUUAAAUGAAGACAGCAGUGAUAUUGAAUACGAAGUGGAUGAAAUAUUAACAGUUUCUGAAAUAAACGAGAUAUUAAAAGAAUAUGAUAAGGAACGAAAAGUUCACAUUUCCCAAGACCCACUACUAUGGUGGAAAAAAAACUGUUUAAAAUAUAAAAUUUUAGUUCCGGUAGUACGUCAGUUUCUAUCCACUCCCCCCGGAAGUGUUCCUAGUGAACAAUUAUUUAGUGGAGCUGGAUUAAUAUAUGAUACUCGACGCUUCAAUCUUAAAAACACUCAAUAUAUACCACCUACAAUAGUUUUUCGUGAACGCAAAUUAUUUAAUUGUUCUACAAAAAAUGAAAACGAAACAGUUGCACAAUGGUAUGCCCAAGUGAAAACAUUAGCUCUCAAUUGUAAAUUUGGAAGACACUUGGAUGCAUUCGUUUUAAAUCAAUUUAUUGUGGGUUUGUCAAACUACAUUUAUGAGAGGCUUUGUGAAGAAGACGAAAGCUUGACUAUUGAAACUGCUCUGAAAAAGGCACUAAUCAUGGAAACGAAGAAUUCAACUAAAAAUCAAAUAAGAAAUCCACAAAUGCAACAAGUAAUACAACAACAACAAGAACCUCAACAACAUCGGGACACUGAAGUACAAGAGGAGUUAACCAAUGACCAAUCUGAGGGGAGAACGGAAAUAAAUACUAAGACACAAACUAACUCAGACCACGUAUUGGAGGUAAAGUAG